AUGAAUAUCGACACCAACUCGCCCGAAUUCAAAGAGGCCCAGCAUCGCGCCAUUGAGUUCUACGACGCGGAGCACGAGCUGACUGUCGACGAGCGACACCAAUUGCAGCGCUUCUUCCAGAAAACGGCGUUCUUCGUCAUGGGAUGCUCCACAUUGGGUCUCCUGGCGGGCAUGGGCCUGCCGGUCUACUUCCGCAAGGGGAACAAGAUUAAUGCCAUGCGAGUGGGCUGGGGAGGCGUGCUGGGCAGCAUGGCCGCCACCUGGAUUGGCGCGCCAGCACUCUACCGGCGAGAAGUACAGAAAGCCAAGGACGACUACGGUUCAGAGUCGAAAAUCUACAACGUUAUUCAACAUACACCGCACGGAGUGUUCCGGAGCUUUUUCUGGUCCUCCUACUUCGCAGAGACCGCCAAACACCCCGAACUGCGGAUCAAGGAUCCGCGAGACGUCCAGAGCCGGCUAGCCGACCAGGGCGAUGAGAACUCCGCCUGGGCCAAGCUCAGACACGGCGAAACCGACACCAAACAGCCAGCCGCAGUCUACACAGAAACAAACUCCGCCGACUCGCCGUUCGACGCCGAUCCCCUGGCGGACCCGUCUCCGCAAUCGCAGCCAGCUCGUCCUGUCUCCGCCUGGGAAAGAGUCCGCAAUGCCAAUAAAUAG